AUGGCCGACAAACCAGCCGAUUUGCCCGCCAUAAACCCUCUCCAAUACGCUCCCUGGCACCCUCGCGAGCCUCGUGGGAAUGCUCAAGCUCGAAUAGGAGCUCCCAUGGGACGCACUAAGGAACAGGCAGCGGCUAAUUUCAUGGCUUUUCAACGUACCAUCCCUAGCUCAGAUAUUGUAAUCUUUUCAGAUGGAUCUAGGCUAGCAGACGGACGUGCAGGGGGUGGCUAUAUUAGACUUCAAGCACACCAUCAGUUCCUCCGCUCCUCACUCUCAUACAGACACGGGAAAGAGGUCUUCGACGCAGAAGCAGAAGCAGCUCUAGCUGGCGCUCAAGCAGCAAUAGCGUACCCAACAGCUCAAUUUGCUACCAACCUAUGGAUCUGCCUUGACAACCUGGAAGUUGCUAUACGCCUUCUAUCUCCCUCUACAGGAUCUUCCCAAGAAAUCUUUGAAUCCUUCCGCACCCUUGCAGCUGCCUGGCCACUUCGCAAAAGGCUUCCUCACACCAAAAGCGGAUCUAUCCAAAUCCGAUGGGUCCCUGGACACGCUAAAAUCCCUGAGAACGAAGCGGCUGAUCUCACUGCCAAAGAGGGAGCUGCCUCAACCCCUCCUGCUCCUCAGAAAUCCUCAUACGCCUCGCUAAAGAGACACGCCAAGACUCAAUCCCUAUCCGCUGCUCAGUCACAAUGGCAGAAGGUGGCACCACAGAGUUAUCAAGAUCUAGAAAUAACUACUUCUCCUAAGCGCCCUGGGGAGCUUCAACUCAACCGACUUGACCUUGGCCGUAUUAUUGCGGCCCGUACUGGUCAUGGAGACUUUGCAGACUACCAUGAACGCUUUAAUCAUGAUGAUGCUUAUCUUCUCUGUUAG